AUGUCAAGUGGACGAGAUGAGUCAGUUACGGUUUUUUUGGGAGAUUUAUCACGUGAUGCAACAAAAGAAGAUGUUGAAAAAACAUUUAGUUAUUAUGGAAAAUUAAGAAAUGUUUGGCUUUCGCGAAGUCCAUGGGGUUAUGGUUUUAUUGAUUUUGAAGAUCAACGUGAUGCAGCUGAUGCUGUUAAAGCUCUUGAUGGAAAAAUGAUUUGUGGUUCACGUGUUCGUGUUGAAUUUUCACAUGGUCGUGGUCGAUCAAAUAGAGGAGGACGUAGUCGUCGAAGAUCGGGCAGUCGAUCACCUCGUACCAGAAAACCUUUUAGUCCGCAUGAUAUUUGUUACGAAUGUGGAGAUCGUGGUCAUUAUGCAUAUGAUUGUGAAAUUCGAUUAAGACGACAACGUCGUAUGAGGUCAACAUCAAGAAGUCGUAGUCCAAGACGAAAAGGAGGAGAUGGACAUACAUCACGACGUAAAGAACGAAGUCGUAGUCGUUCUGAAAGUAGUCGAUCAGGUAGUGGUCGAGGUCAUUCGAAUAGUCGUUCACGUUCUCAUUCACGAUCAUAUUCACGUUCACGAUCGAAUAGUUCAUCUCAAUCAGAAGAACGACGAUCACAUUCAAGAACACGAUCUCGAUCUCUAAUCGGUCAAGCAGAUGAUCCCAAUUGUGCUAAGUGUGACAGUCGUGCAGUAUGCAUACGUUUAUCGAAUGAGAGUGGUGUCAGCUGCGUAUGUCUUCCUGGUUUUGCUCUUUCUUCAUCAACUGGACGUUGUGUGCUUCAAGAAAUACCACAGAAUGGCAUCUGCGACAGCCGUUAUGAAUGCCUUAAUGGAGGUUAUUGUUCAAAUGUAACAAGUAAAUGUGUAUGUUUACCAGGUUAUGGAGGUCUUAUGUGUGAAUUAGAUAUAAAUGAAUGUGCUGGAAAUGAUCGAAUUUGUGGAUCAUUUACAUGUAUUAAUUUACCAGGAGAUUAUAGAUGUGAUUGUGAUUUUUUUCAUUCAGGAAAACGAUGUCAAAAUAUUAGUGGUAUUGGUUUAUUUGUAUUGAUUAUUUCAUCAAUUGUAGUAAUUUUAAUUAUUGGUUUUCUUAUUUUAUUUGCUAUUCGAACAUUUAUUACUUAUCAUUUAUCAAGACGAGUUUCAAGAGAACAUGAACUUCAACUUCAAAAUCCUUGCAUGGCAACAUUAACUACCGGUGGUAUGAUGGGAGAUGAUCCAUUAGGAAAUAGUUCAUCAUUUAUUCGUCCAAUAGGUCAUAGAAUUUAUGUACCAAUGGAAACAAGUUUUGUUAAUGCAACUCGUGUUCAAGCAAGUUUAGAUGAUGAUGAUAAAAGACAGAUUCCACCACCACCACCACCAUUACCACCAAAAUAUGAAUCUUCAAAUUUUGAUCAAUCUAUAAAGAAUAUAAUGUCUACUUAA